CUCCUCGCAGCUGCACCGUUCCCUGGGGAGUUAGUAGGAAGAGGCACAGGAGCCCACCCACUCUCCAACCCACCCCGACACAAUCUGCAAGCCUUUAACUCCUAUGAUUACUGUCCCCUUCCUCUCUGCCUCCCUUCUCCCCUGCUCAAAGCCGGAGGGGGGGACUGAUGUGAAAGAGGAAGGAGACCAUGACUAUUGACUAGCCAGAGUGCCCUGCCCUCUCCCCAACAGGCGAGAGGUCCUCCUCAAAACAGCAGCGACCCAGCUGACUGCAGAAGCUGCCUUAGAGGGCAAACAGCAUGUGAAUGGUGGCAGCUCACAGGACAGGACGCAGCAGCCAGCAUCCGGCCCAGCUUGCCUAGGGAGGGAAGCCCAGAGCCAGCCACCUUGAAUUGCUGGGACCCUUGGGGACUGGCUUCUGCGGGUAACGUGCCAAGGAUCCCCGACGGGCAGCCUCGAGCCUUUCCUAAGGUGCCAAGAGGACAUUCCCAGAGAACCAUGGACGGUGUAGGAAAUAUGACAAGGCCUGGGGACAACGUCAGCUGCCUCUCCACUAUCGAUGACUUCCGCAACCAAGUAUACUCCACUGUGUACUCGAUGGUGUCCGUAGUCGGCUUCUUCGGCAAUGGUUUUGUGCUCUAUGUUCUCAUCAGGACAUACCAUGAGAAAUCAGCCUUCCAAGUAUACAUGGUGAACCUGGCUGUGGCCGACCUGCUCUGUGUGUGUACGCUGCCUUUCCGGGUGGUUUAUUACGUUCACCGGGGCAUCUGGUUCUUAGGAGACUUCUUGUGCCGCCUCAGUACAUAUGCUUUGUAUGUCAACCUCUAUUGUAGCAUCUUCUUUAUGACCGCCAUGAGCUUUUUCCGUUGUGUAGCCAUAGUAUUCCCAGUCCAAAACAUCAACCUUGUGACCCAGAAAAAAGCCAGGGUUGUGAGUGCAGCCAUUUGGAUUUUUGUUAUCCUGACCAGCUCACCCUUUUUUCUGAUGAGCAAAACCUAUAAAGACGGGAAUAACACCAAGUGCUUUGAACCCCCACAGGACCCAAAGAGCAAGAAAACAGUGAUGGCUUUACACUAUGUCUCAUUAUUCUUUGGCUUCAUCAUUCCAUUUGUUACCAUAAUUGUCUGUUACACUAUGAUCAUCUUGACCUUAUUAAAGAAUUCAAUGAAGAAAAAUCUGCCAAGCCGUAAGAAGGCUGUAGGGAUGAUCAUUGUUGUAACAGCCGCCUUUUUGAUCAGUUUCUUGCCUUAUCACAUUCAACGCACAAUCCACCUUCACUUUUUGAACAAUGAAAAUAAAAACUGUGAGUCUGUCCUUGCCAUGCAGAAGUCAGUGGUCAUAACCUUGUCUCUAGCAGCAUCAAAUUGUUGCUUUGACCCACUCCUCUAUUUCUUUUCAGGGGGUAACUUCAGGCAGAGGCUGUCCACAUUUAGAAAGCAUUCCCUGUCUAGCAUGACCUAUGUAUCCAAGAAGAAGAUCUCCUUCCACGAAAAGGUGGAUGAAUUAUGCAAAGAAUAGGGUCACCCCCAAAGUAGAAAUCUCUCUUAUGUCAAUGAGAGGAGCUAGCCAAAUAAUUACUUGCUAUAACCACAGAGAGAGAGAGAGAGAGAGAGAGAGAGAGAGAGAGAGAGAGAGAGAGAGAGAGAGAGAAAUAGAUGUAUAUGUCACAAAAUGUAAACAACCUGCAUCUGGAUAUUUACGCCUGCAAAAUUUGCUUAAUUUCUCCAUCCAUGUUGUCAUAGAUCCUAACGACUCCUGAGAUGGCAAAAUUAAGUUCACUGCCAAAAACUAAAUUCUGCAUAGGAUUGUUACUGUUUGUGCCUACACUUUACAAAUGAAUAUUAGCCUAAAAAGCAUAAUAAACAAUUCUUCAAAUGAUGGCCUUGCAUAGGGUAGUGAUUGAGCCUUCAGUAUCUUAGGUUGGCACUUAACGCUUAGCUACCACCCCAAAAUUCACCUUUGCAUGAAUCCCAUCGGAUAAGGACAACACAAAGAACCUCCUGAACUUUUUCACAAUGGUAAGAGCACUGCCAAUGGUCAUUGAUUGCAGAGAGUGCUUACGUGGUCUGAAGAGAAGACGUCCAAGGGCCAGAGUCGUAUAAGACACAGCAAUGGCUCCUCUCAACAUGUGGCCCCUUACAGGGAGACAAUUGCAGCCCAAAGGAAAUCUCUUUAGUCAAAGGCCAAAUCUCUUUUGGUCAAAGUGUCUUUCUCUUUCCCUCUCCCCCCUCCCCCUCUCUCUCCCUCCCUCCACAGUGGAAUGUUAGUGGGGGUUCUGUUUGCAGAAAAUAAGGCCAUCCAUAGGCCCUCUUCAAGGGGCCAAACAGUAACCCUUGGGUGGCCAGGGUUAAUUAAACUGAUUUGCUGAGGAAUAGGUUAUGUGAUAGCUGUAUAUGCCUAUUACUGGGAUUAAAAUUUAAUACAAGAAAUUUCAAAAGAAAAUUUUAAAAAUCUUUUCUUUCAUUUUAUUUUUAAUUGUAUAUAUUUAUGUAUAUAAAUAUACAUGCCAGUGUGUAUGUACCUUUGAGAAAGAGUACAUUCCAUUAAAUGCAUUUGAGUGAAAAUUCACUAUAAGCUGUA